AUGUCGAAACUAUCUCGACUGCAUGAGCUCCUAAUAGUGAAAAGAACUCAGCGAGAUGGCGUCGAUCGCCCGGUUGAUAUGCUUGACAAUGACUCUAUCCGACCAACACCAGUAAAAGAUCGAACAUGGUCCCAACUCACCUACAUGAUGUUCUGGUUCUCUGCGACUGCGAAUGUCAGCAAUCUUUACACAGCUUCCACGGGAAUGUCCAUGGGAUUGACCAUGUGGGAAGCAAUCGGAUGCUCCUUCGGUGGUCAGAUUCUUGCUGGUGCCUUGAUGGCUUUGAACGGGCGUGCUGGCGCCAUGUAUCGCAUUCCGUUCCCUGUUCUUUGCCGCUCUAGCUUUGGGCAUUGGGGAGGACUGUGGCCGACUUUUAAUCGCGCGGCUAUGUCAAUUGUAUGGAAUGGUGUCAAUUCCGUUCAGGGAGGACAAUGUUUAUAUGUCUUCCUACACGCUAUAUUCCCUUCUAUUGAAAACAUCCCGGAUAAGAUGGGAUCUAAGUCGGCUUUGACUUCAGCACAAAUGAUGUGUUUCUUCAUCUAUUGGCUUAUCAAUUGCGCAUUUUUAGUGGUUCCUGUACCAAAGAUGAAGUCUCUGGUCUAUGUCAAAGUUGUGGUUUACUUCGGCGCAGCCUUUGCUAUGCUGGGAUGGACUGUGUCUCUCGCCGGUGGCUCUCUGAAGACAAUCAAUGCUCCUUCAGAGAUCAAGGGCACCGAGAAAAGUUAUCUUAUUUUCAAGUUCCUCUUCUUGGGACUCGCAAGUUGUGGAACCUUUAUCUCCAACGCGUCAGAUCUCCAGCGAUAUGCUACAAAGCCCAAUGACGUCCUAAUUGGCCAGUUUGUCAGCUUCCCACUGUCGAACUUUUUGGUUGCCAUUUUGGGAAAUCUUAUCGCAUCAGCUAGCAAAGCCAUCUUUGGAGAGCUCAUCUGGAACCCGCUGAACUUCUUGGACAAAUUGAUGGGGGGAGAGCGAUAUACCUCUGGCAACCGCGCGGCUUGUGCCUUCAUCUCUCUGGCAUUUGUUUAUUCGACUGUCUUCUCUGCCAUUUUUGAGAACUCUAUCCCUGCCGGUAACGACAUUGCAGCCCUUUUACCAAAAUACAUUUCAAUCAAACGAGGAUUCUUUAUUUGUGCCGUCCUUUCCUAUGCAAUCUGUCCCUGGUACCUCCUCGCAUCAGCCUCAAUAUUUAUCACAUUUCUCUCCUCCUACCAGAUCUUCCUAUCAGCAAUUACCGGAAUUCUCAUCUGCGAUUACUAUCUCAUCCGCCGAGGGCUACUCAACAUUCCAGCCCUAUACGUCUCACGCCCAAGCCCGUAUCGGUACUUCCAUGGAUUCAACCCGCGCGCCUUCUUGGCCUACAUUAUUGCUAUUGCGCCGAACUUUUACGGGUUUCUUCACCAGAUGGGCGUCAAGGCCCCUCUAGGUAUCCAGCGAUUCUACUUUGUCGCUUACCCCACUGGUCUGAUUCUUUCAUUUGUUGUCUAUUACUUGUCAUGUUUGGCUUUCGCCCCGGCUGAUAUGAAGAACGCAUCUGGAUGGAUGGAGCCCAAGGACUUCGUGGAGGAUAUUGAUGCUUCUGGGAGUGAUGGAUAUACUAUCAAUGCUGUUGAGCCCGGUUAUGCGGAGAAGGGGGCUGUUGCAAAGGGCGAUACCAUUAGCGGUGUGGAUGGACGUCAGCUGUUGGAACGUUAUCUCCUCAAAGGCAACACCAAAAUUGCUGAUGCCCUUGCUCCACAACAGCUCCUAAAGAAUUGUACCGAGAUGUCUAUGGAUGUCUCUAGGCUUGUCUUCUGUCAUUGCGAUCUUGGUCCUACUAACAUUCUCGUCGAUAUCUCGACAGGCUCACUAGGUAUCAUCGACUGGGAGCUUGCUGGCUAUGUCCCUAUCGAGAGGGUCAGAACAAAAUUCCGAAUCUCCGCAGGAAUGGAUUUCGAUUAUGGGGAUGAAUACUCUAAAAAAGACUGGCGCUGUAAGGUCGCACAGCGUCUGCGAAAAGACAUGGGGUUCAACGAUGUUCUGGACGCAUGGUGGAAGUUUCAGGACAGCCCGUAG